GAAGGGAGUGCGUCGCUCGUGCUCGUGGAAAUGGGACGUUGCAACAUCGAAGUGUCAUUGUUGUUCUUAUGAAGUGUCAGGUAGUGACGUUAAGUUAUACUGUUCAGUGCACGAAUUUAAGAAGAAUAGUUCGAAAUGGCAUCCGACAGUAGGAUGGAAUGGGUUGAAAUCAUAGAACCACGUACAAAGGAGCAUAUGUAUGCUAAUCUUACUACUGGAGAAUGCGUAUGGGAUCCACCACCUGGCGUACCUGUGAAGAAGACGGAUAAUAAUCAAUGGUGGGAAUUAUUUGAUCAGAAUACUUCAAGAUUUUACUAUUAUAAUGCCACAUCUCAGAAAACUGUUUGGCACCGCCCAACCGAUUGCGACAUUAUCCCUUUAGCGAAGCUUCAGACGUUAAAACAGAACACAGAGCCGGCUGGUAGUAGCGGAGGUGAUGUCCAAAAAAAUGCAGAAUCAAGAAAGAAAGAGUCUGUGUCUACGCAGACUCAAACACCUGUUAGUCGUUCGAUGCGUUUCAAUCAUCAAGACAAUCCUAAUUUAUCUGUUACACUGCAAGUGGGUAAUGCAAGUAAAUCUCGAACAUCUGGUAUCGGUGUGGAUAUGCAGACAUCUCCGCCGUCUCCAUCUCCUUCCUCGAGACGACAUCAUCAUCAUCAUCAUCAUCACCACAAUAAUCGACACCAUAGACAUCACGAAGUACCGGCGACUAGACGACAACAUAAUCAUUCGCAAGAUUCUGGUCGAUCCAGUGAUAGUUCUGUCUCCCAUAGUCGUACGUCUUUAGAAUCAACAGGGUAUCGAUUGUUAGACUCACCGCAUCGUCAUCAUCAUCGUUCUACGGUCCAGCCUCCUCCGGCACACGCUCAGUCUUCACCUAGGCAGCAUAGCGGCACAUUAGAAGGUAGAUGUCACAAAAGUGGAACUCUUGAAAGCGUUAAAAAUCAGAAGUCUAUACCAUUGGGCGAACCACCACCAUUGGGAUUGUCUCUCUCAACUAGUACCCCUCUCUUCAAGAAAAAGACUUUCCCAGAUACACAACGCGAGGGUAGAGUAGGAAAUCUGGAUCUUGAAAAGAACAAAAAUGGUAAAGAAAGUAGUAGGGGUUCCUACGGUCCUGAACCAAGUACGUCUCCAUAUAGAGAUUCUUUAAUGGAAUCAAGAGUAUUUAGGCAAGAAAUGCCACCCUAUCGUCCGCCAGAAGUUCAAAUAAGUCAUAGUUAUAAAUCGCAAGGUGAAAAGUAUGGUUCGUUGGUCGAAAGUGGUAACCGUUUCCUUAGGGAAAGAGAUUGGGAAAUGCAUCAAAGAGAAAGAGUUAAUAGUUUGGACAAAUCUAAUACUUCUGCCUUUUAUCCAAGUUCCAUGCAUCCACGGAAUAUGAAUAAACAAGAUACUACAGGUAGUAUAGGUAAAAGACAUUAUGGAUGUUCCGCGUCAUUGUCAGAAGCAAAUGUUCGUGAUAUGUAUGGGGCAAUGUUAGCAGAGAGAAACGAUCCAUCCAAGAGUCUAGUGCGAGGUACAGGAAUUAUUGGUAACGUAGCUAAGCAAAGAAGUAUGGAAGUAUCUGAGAGAGAAAGAGAACGGGAUCGUGACAGAGAGAAGGAAUAUAGAAGAAACACAGCGUGCAAUAAUUCGCUCGACUGCACGUCGCAGCCUCUGGCUCGUAGUUACAGUUUCGUGCAACAGCAAAAGUUGCAACAAUUACAUCAGCAGCAACAACAACAGCAACAACAACAGCAGCAGCAGCAGCAGCAACAGCAACAGCAAAGUAGAAGAAGAGAUAGAGACGAGGAUGCGAUGCACGAGCGUUAUUUGAUAAGUCAAAGUCACGAACAAUCUAGGCAGCGACUUAGUAGUAACACAAGCAGUAGCAACAGUAGCAACAGCAGUAGUAAUAGUGCUGUAGGGGAAGAUAUAGAAGGUCAUUUGGAUACGGAAGAUAGUAAGAAAAAGAGAAGCAAUGGUAAUCCAAGUCCACCGUUGUCUCCUUUCUAUGGAAAUCUUUUAUCAGACGCCGACCAUUUGUUACCACUUCAACAUUAUAUUCUUCAGCAAGCUAAGCUAUCGGGUUGUUACAAGUUUGGAGAUCCAUUGUUAGUAGAAGAGGGUGAUGAUUCUUUAGACGAAGAAGGUGGUCGAAGCGGAGGUAUCGGAGGAAGAGUCGACGAUGAUUCCGACGAUCAGUUUGCCGAUGACGAGGCAGCAAGUAAUCAGGGCGAUUCGUCUAGCCAAGAGUAUCUCGAAGAUCAUUAUGCUGAUCUAGGUAACUACGAUACUGCUGGUUUAGCGACCUAUUAUAAUACAGCCGACACGUUAACAAGGCCGCAACCAUCUCCACCAGCUUCGCCGACUAUAGUGACGCAACCAGAGACACAAGAUACUGUCGUUCCGUGCGUAAGACGAGUAUCUUUACCAUCGUCCACCCUAACUUCUACACCAAGCGGGGGUACAGGAAACGAUAAUGCAGAUUUAGAUGAGGCACGCCGUGACGAUAGUACCA